CCAAAAGGUUCAUACAUGCUGCAACAGAAACGACCUUCUCUUCCUAGAUACAGUUGCACGAAAAGGGUGGACUAGAUGUCCAUCUUGCAAACAAUCUGUAGAACGCACCUUUGGUUGUAAUUAUAUACAAUGCAGAAUCAGUCGAGGGAGGAGGAGCUGGAUCCUUUCAUGUUAAGGGUGCACUCUGUCUUCAUUGGCUUCGCUAUGAUGUCUAUAUUGGGGAACCCCAAAUUUACGAACAAUACAAACUUAUACAAUAUACUCCCAGCUAGAUUAGAGUUUGGAAGAACUUUUGUGGUUAGGCCAAAAGGAAAACACCUGGCUACUGUAGUUUGGCUACACGAGCUAAAUCAGAAUGGUUUCAGCUGGUAUCAUCUGCUGGAAGAGCUGCCAAUUCGAAAUAUCAAGUGGAUCUGUCCAACAGCGCCUCGUCGGCGGGUAUCGAUAUAUAAUGGAUUUCCUAGCACUGCUUGGUUUAAUAUGUUGAACUUUGCGGAGGAUGCUCGUGUUGAUAUAGACUGUUUAGACGCAGCAGCAAUACAUGUUUCAAAUCUAUUAUCCACAGAACCCAGUGAGAUCAAACUUGGUGUUGGGGGAUUUGGUAUGGGUGCUGCAGUUGCCCUGUACUCUGCUGCCUGUGCUGUUGAAGGAAAACUUACAAAUGGAAGACCAUACCCUGGUAAUAUAUCUGCUGCCGUUGGUCUAAGUGGGUGGCUUCCAAUUGCCAGGUUCUUGAUGGACAAAAUAAUAGGGUCUCAGGAGGCUGUUGCGCGUGCGCAAUCCUUGCCGCUUUUGCUCUGCCAUGGCAAAGAUGAUGAUUUCGUUUUUUAUGAGCGCGGAGCCAAUUCCUCGGAGAUCUUCCGGUCGCCACUAUUCCAAAAACUCACUUCAAGAACCUAUGAUAGACUUGGACACGCAACAAAUACUGAAGAAAUGAAUGAGGUGUGCAAUUGGUUAACUACAAACUUGGCACUUGAUGGAUCUGAUUAGUAUACGCUUUUCUUUUGAUUCAAGAAAGUUUACUCUAGUCCAUAAAGUUGUAAUUUAUUGCAGUACUCUGAUCAAUGUGUAUAAAUGUUAAGCUGGGUUUUCUUUUGUUGAUCCGCAAAUAUAUUUGUUUUUAUAGAA